ACGAUGGCCACGAUCAACGCGAACCUUCACGAUGCAAUUACUUACUGUCAGUGCGAUUUCUUGAAGACACUUGCCCCCAGCGAUGUCCGACUGGACGUUCUCCUCCUCCGGACACUGGUUGCGAUCGCGGUGGUCGCGCUGAGCCUCCAUUGCCUCCCGCGCACGUGGGCCAUGAUGGCGCAAAAGCGUCGCAUCGCCAGCGCGCUACGGAGCCUGCCCGGCCCCCCGGGGCUUCCGCUUCUUGGCAACUUGCUCCAGCUCGGCCAACACAUGCACGACCUGCACCUCUGGAAGCGCCACUUGGCUGCCGUCUACGGGCCCACGUAUGCGAUUCGCGUCGACGUGGUCAUGAACGGCUCGAUCGUGACCAACAAGCCGUGCAACAUUGAACACAUUCUCAGCACCAACUGCAGCAACUACGUCAAGCCACAGAUCAUCCAAGACGUGUGCAAAGAAGUGAUGGGGCAAUCGAUCUUUGCCAUCAACCCCGACUCGCCGCUCUGGGCGUGCCAGCGCAAGCUCAUGGCCAACAUGUUUUCCGUCAACUCCUUCCGGAAAUACAUGGACUCGGUGUUUGUCGACGCUGCCGAUGACGCGCUUGGCCGGCUCGACGCCGCCGCGCGCCGCCACGACACGGUCAACCUCGAGACGACGCUGCUCACGCUGACGACCACGAUCGCCUUCCGCAUCGGGUUUGGGCGCCACGUGCCAGAGGAGAUGACCACCGACGCCUUUCACGGGCUCUUCCGCGAGGCGGGGGCAAUCACCGCCAACCGCUUCACGCGCCCGUGGUACAAGUUUGCAGGCGCGAUCUUGCCGUCCGAAGCCCGGCUCCGGACCGUCGUGGGACAAAUCGACGCGGCUCUGUAUGCGCUCAUUGCAGAGCGCAAGGCCGCGCCAUUGACACCAGGUGCGGUCGAUGUGCUCUCGCAGCUGCUCGACCAGCAGCGCCGCGGCCUUCUCGAGCUCAGCGACACGGUCGUGCGCGACACGAUGAUGACGGUGCUCUUGGCGGGGCGCGAGACGGUUGCGAGCGGCCUCCUCUGGAUCCUCUACUGCGUGAGUCGCCACCCGGCAGUCGAAGCCAAGCUCUUGGCCGAAGUCGAUGCGGUCUCGAGUGUCGACUACGAGUCAAUGGGCAGCCUCGUGUACAUGGAGGCCGUCAUGAAGGAGACGUGGCGGCUCUUCCCCCCGACGCCGCUCGAACUCAAGGCGGCCGUCGCGGACGACGUGCUGCCCGAUGGCACGUUCGUCCCCGCGGGUGUCAAUGUCGAGUUUUCGCCGUUUGUUAUGAACCGGGAUCCGACCCGGUGGCGUAACCCCGAUGUGUUCGAGCCCGAGCGCUGGCUUGAGCACGGGUUCUCGCCCACCGAUUUUGAGUACCCCGUCUUUAACGCUGGAAAGCGCAAGUGCGUCGGCCAGCGCAUCGCGAUGCUCCAGACAAAGUUCAUUCUCUGCAAGCUCUACGGACACCUCCGAUUCGACAUCCUCGACGAGAAAGACCCGACGUUUGCGCUUGGCAUCUCGCUCUUCCCGACCAACGGCAUGGCCGUCAAGCCCGUCUUGCGUCGACCGUCCAAGCUGUCGGCAACGCCAGCAUCGGCUGCAUGA